UAUAUGUGUGUAUGUUUUUAUAUAUAUACAUGUAUGUAUGUAUGUUUUUAUAUAUAUACACACGUGUCCUCCUCAGUGCGCUCCUUCGGUACAGAGGACCGGCCCACCGACCGGCCCAUCCCCCCUCGAGACGACACCUUUGAAUACAUCAUCUUCAGAGGCAGCGACAUCAAGGACCUGACCGUCUGUGAGCCGCCCAAACCCACCUGUUCUCUUCCUCAGGACCCGGCCAUCGUCCAGUCCUCCAUGAGCUCCAGCUGCUCGUCCUCCACCGCCCCCCCGACCCCCUUCCAGUCCGCCGGCUCCUACGGCCUCUUCAACCGGCCUCCGGUUCCCAACUACAACCAGUUCAGCACCAGCCCGCUGGUGUCUCCCCAGUUUGGACCCGUUGGUGUUGGACGUAGCAGCCCCAGUCUGGACCCUCUGAGGAAGAGCCCCAUCCUGGACCAGGUGAACCAGGUGAUCCAGAGCGCCCCAUUGGCUCCGACCGCCGCCACUCCGGCCCCUGGUCUGGGACGCAGAAGCCCCCCCCACGCUCGUACGGCCCCUACCACCGCCGGCCUGAAGGUCCAGCACCAGGACGGCGUGGACCCGAGGAGGGCUGAGACCAUCAGAGGGGGGGGGCGCAGCAGUAACCAAAGCUGGUCUGCUCCCAGAACCGUCUCCUCCUCCCACCUCACUGCUGUAGACAGGAACCCCCCUACAGGACUCAACCACUCGGUCUUCAGCCACCCAGUGGCUGCUGGAGCUCCGGCUAACAGGCGCGGUCGAGGGGGCGGUCACCGCGGCCGAGGGCGCUUCAACGUCCGGAGAGAUGGACCAAUGAAGUUUGAGAAGGACUUUGACUUUGAGACAGCCAACGCUCAGUUCAACAAGGAGGAGAUCGACCGGGAGUUCCAGAGCAAGCUGAAGCUGAAAGGUCUGUUCGUCUUCAUUGAAACAUCUCGACUGCUAUGGGAUGUCUUCAUGGAAAGAUCUCGACUGCUAUGGGAUGUCUUCAUGGAAAGAUCUCGACUGCUGUGGGAUGUCUUCAUGGAAAGAUCUCGACUGCU